UCUUUUUUUCAUGUAAGAACAAAAUUGAAGUACUAGCACCAGCCGGAUUACUAUCACAAGAAGUCUUACCAAAUAAAACAGCUUUGAUUCGAAGGAAAAAUUUGGAUGAGUUGUUAAAACUAGAUAUUCUUAUAUGCUGUGUUGUUGCAAAACAUCAUUGGACGCUUACAAUAAUCAAACCAAAGGAAAAGAGCUUUUAUUACAUCAACCCUCUAGGCGAAAUCUUAUCUUCAAUAAAAAAAGAAGAAAUAAAAUGGAAUAACUAUUUGAAACAAAGGUAUGGAAUUUCAGAAACAUUUAAAAUAAUGACAUUGCCACAUGCACUGCAAAGAGACAGCAUAUCGUGUGGAGUCUUUUGUCUUAAAUUUGCUGAAAACUUUAUGAAUGGAGAAGAGUUGGCAAUGUCCUUUCCAUUAGAAGAAGUAGUUCAAUAUCGAAACAAGGUGGUGCACUAUCUUAUAGAUAGAGGAGGUCUACAUAAUUGGAAAGAUGUUUUGUGUCGCAUAUGUAGUAAUGCAAAACGACCGAAAAAAUAUAAAAAGCAAAUAAUAAAUAAAUGGAUUAAGUGUGAUAAAUGCUUACCAAGUCGAUGGUAUCACAUGGACUGCAUUCCAAAUGUAACAGAAAGCAGCAAAUCAUUUACCUGCACAAACCUUUCUCAAAACAAUCAAUUAAAUUAAAUAAUAACAGUUAAAAUAAAGAUCCAUAAUUAAAACAUUA